UCAAAAUCAAACCGCGACAGUGUCGUGAUCGGAAACUCGUUUAUUUUUUUAAUUUUUAAUUAUAAAUAGACCUAAAAUGCAUUACGUAAAGUGCAAAAACUUGAUCUAUAAUAAUUAACACGUUUUUAAUUUAGUAUUUUAUUCGUGUAGAAUAAGUUUAAACAGUGAAAAUGUUCAAUUACAAGUACCUCAGCCGCGAACACCUUGAAGGGUUCGAUAAUUAUAAGUACAUGGCCAUAGACACCAGUCCUCUGAGUGUUUAUGUUAUGCAUCCUUUUUGGAACAAAGUUGUAGAGUUCGUACCAAAAUGGGUGGCACCAAACGUGUUAACAUUCGGCGGGUUUCUGCUCGUCGUUCUGAACUUCUUACUUCUCUCGUACUACGACUACGAUUACUACGCCGCCAGUACGCCACUGUACAACGAAACCGUCACCGAGUCGCCUUUGAACGGCCAUGUUGAAUUAAUACCACAAUCCUUAUGGUAUUUCAUCGGGAUUUUCUUGUUCUUGGCUUAUACUUUAGAUGGCAUUGACGGUAAGCAAGCCCGUCGCACUCAGACCUCGGGUCCACUAGGAGAACUAUUCGACCACGGCCUAGACUCAUACACAGUAUUCUUCAUACCGGCCUGUCUAUACUCCAUCUUCGGACGGUUAGACUACUCUAUACCGCCUAUCAGAAUCUACUACGUCAUGUGGAAUCUCCUCCUAAACUUCUACAUCAGUCAUUGGGAGAAGUACAAUACUGGAGUACUGUUCCUACCGUGGGGAUACGACUUCAGUAUGUGGGCGUCGACAGCGUUCUUCCUGUGGACCGGUGUGAAAGGCACGGGUUUCUAUAAGAAGUAUAUAUUCGCCGGGUAUACGCUAGCCAACGUGUUCGAAGUAUUAAUCUACGCUACGGGUGUUGUCACUAACCUACCGGUCGCCCUUUAUAAUAUUUAUCAGUCAUAUAAACUGCGUACAGGCAAGAUGCGAUCUACAACGGAAGCGCUCCGGCCUCUGUGGUCGUUUGUAACGAUGUUGGUAGUCUGCUCCGUGUGGGUGCACAAGUCCAGUCGACUGCCCGAGUACGACCUCAGGGUGCUAUUCCUCCUCAUCGGGACACUGUUCAGUAAUGUCGCUUGUCGUCUAAUAGUAAGUCAGAUGAGCAACCAGCGCUGUGAGAGUAUCAACGUGUUGCUAUGGCCCCUGAGCGUGGCGGCCACAGUGUCGCUACUGUCGCCGCAGUACGAGCCUGUCGCCUUCUAUGGCGUCACUCUACUUACUGUGCUUGCUCAUAUACAUUAUGGAGCUUGUGUUGUACGUCAGAUGUGCGAUCACUUCAGAAUAAACUGCUUCUACAUAAAGCAGAGGUCAGAUUGACUCUUAGACGACAAUGCGUGUUAGUAACAUAACAUUAAUGUAACACAUAUAGGUCUCAUCAGUUACUUAACAACAUCGUGUACACUCCGCCUUACAUUUACAUAUUAUACUCAACAAUGUUGGGAACUAGAUUAUUUUGAAUAGAUUAACUUUAUAUUAUUUUAAGAUAAUUGAGGUUUUUUUUGUCCUUUAAAGUUUGUUAGUAUGAUAUUUUUUGAUAGUUUUACUAGUUUAUUUCAUACGUCAUCCUGAGAUGACGUAUGAAAUAAACUGGUCUGAACCAGUGAUAAGUCAGAGGCCUUAGUACGAGUUUCUUUUUAUUUUAAAGUAUUCGUAACGAGUACGCGUUCGGCGCUGUGA